GUCAUUUAAAAAAUAGAUACUAUGUUCAGCCCUAUUUAACGUUCAUAGUAAAGUUUAUGCAAUAAACAUAAUCGAAUCUGCUACUCUGAAAACGGAAGCUACUGGAUGCUUGGUUGUUGAAUUAGACGUUUGACGUUUCAGAUCACCGCUUUCGCUCCACUAGCUAGCUAUUCUUACAGCGGACUAUUUGUCCACUCAUGCGCUAGGCCUUAUGUUAAACUAUUUGACAACCGCGUCCAGAUUAUUUCUCCGAAACACCGUGCCGAUCUCGACGAGGGGUAACUACAACAUCAUUUGUCGGUUUUACAGGAGAAUGGAUCGCGCCGUGGUAAGAUGUGUCCCGUGGGAAUCCAAACUCACUAUUUCCUUCGUCCUUGAUGGGAGUAACAAACACAUGCUCAGGGACCAGACGGAGGAGCUAGGCAAAGCACUGUCACGGAUCGCAAACAGUAUCAUCAAGGGCCAGGGCAAAGCUAAAAAAUAUAAGAAAAACAAAGGCGCGCCCACAGACGCCCAGGAGCCCGCUGCAGCGGUGAGGUUGUACUACAACGGAGACUUUGUGGCAGAGGAUGCUAUAAACUCCGAUGCCUGGCAGGAUGGGGCAGUGUUACACGUGGGGGACAGUAAGUACACAGUGGAGAGGAACCCUCCCACAUUCACCACGGCAGAGCUGCCCGCUUCUCUACUGGCCGGGUUCCCCGUGUGCCCGAAGCUCAAGGUAGAAUUCGGGGAUUUGAAAGACUGUCGGUUUAAAUGGUUCAAGGAGAGCAAGUCCGGUGCAGGUGACGAGGAGCGUCGAGGAGAGAAUGGUUGGACCGAGGCGGGGAGCGAACGGGUGUUUAUCCCCACAAAUAUGGACAUUGGCUCCAAGCUUAAACUGACAUGCACGCCGGGUGACGGCAAACGGUGUGGGAUGGACAAGGAGUUAGUAACCACCGGUACAGUCGAGGCAGGGCCUGGUUCCUGUACCUUUGACAACAGACACAUGUACACCAACAAGGUCACAGAUGACAUGACCAUCAGAGUAGUGUCAUACAACAUCUUAGCUGACGUUUACGCACAAACAGACCUCUCCAAAACCGUCCUGUACCCUUAUUGUACUCCCUACGCAUUGGAACUGGACUACAGGCAAAGUCUGAUAAAAAAAGAACUGUCCGGCUAUAACGCUGACGUCAUCUGCCUUCAGGAAGUGGAUAAGAACGUGUUCUCCGACAGUCUGUCUCCGGCCCUGGAUGCGUUCGGCUUCGACGGGGUCUUCAGGAUUAAGGAGAAGCAGCACGAAGGUUUGUCCACCUACUACAGGAGGUCAAAGUUUAAACUACUCAGUCAACACGACAUCAUGCUGAGUGAAGCGCUGACGUCAGACCCUAUCCACGAAGAACUGUUGGACAGAGUGAACAGCAACCCUGCCUUGAAGGAGAAGGUGAUGCAGAGAUCUACCACACUACAGGUGAGUGUCCUUCACUAUCUGAACGAUACAUCCAAGAAGAUCUGUGUUGCCAACACCCACCUCUACUGGCAUCCCAAAGGUGGGAAUGUGCGUCUGGUCCAGAUGUCAGUAGCUCUGAAACAGCUGCAGCAGGUGAUCACCCAGAGUUACCCCGACGCCUCGCUCCUCUUCUGCGGGGACUUCAACAGCACCCCGUCUUCGGGGGUCUUCCAGCUGGUGAGCCAGGGGGUUCUGCACAGCACCCACCCAGACUGGAGCUCCAACGGACCGGACGAGCUCUGUCCCAUGGAGGUCUCCAACCCCUUCCAGCUGAGUAGCGCCUGCGGGGAGCCGGCCUAUACUAACUACGUGGGGGGAUUCCACGGCUGCCUGGACUAUAUCUUCAUGGACCCGCGGGUGCUGCAUGUAGAUCAGAUGAUCCCUCUGCCCAGCCACCAGGAGAUCACUACCUGUCAGGCCCUCCCCAGCGUCUCACACCCCUCUGACCACAUAGCGCUGGUCUGUGACCUCAGGUGGAACUGAAGUUAAGCUCUCCCCUCUGUAUACAGCAGUCUGUGGCGGAUCAACCAUGUCUGUCUCUAAACCAUGUCUGUCUCUAAACCAUGUCUGUCUCUAAACCAUGUCUGUCUCUAAAAUGAUUCAUAUAAUGCUAAAUUCACAAUCGACAAGAAUAUAAAAUGUAAAAAUACAUAUCAAGUUUCAUCAGUCCCUUGUUCAUGUCAACACUAAGUUAUCCAAAAUAGCACUGUAUUCCCUAUUUAGUGCACCAUUGACCAACGCCCACAGGGCUCAAAAGUAGUACACUAUGGUCUCUAAACCAUGUCUGUCUCUAAACCAGGACCCUUACAGUCUGUCUCUGUACCAUGUCUGUCUCUGUACCAUGUCUGUCUCUGUACCAUGUCUGUCUCUGUACCAUGUCUGUCUCUGUACCAUGUCUGUCUCUGUACCAGGGCCCUUACAGUGUGUCUCAGGGUUCAGGCCAUAAAGCUUCUCAGAGUAGGACCGCUGAUCUAGGAUCAGGCCAUAAAGCUUCUCAGAGUAGGACCGCUGAUCUAGGAUCAGGCCAUAAAGCUUCUCAGAAUAGGACCGCUGAUCUAGGAUCAGGCCAUAAAGCUUCUCAGAGUAGGACCGCUGAUCUAGGAUCAGGCCAUAAAGCUUCUCAGAGUAGGACCGCUGAUCUAGGAUCA